ACCAUUUUUGGAGUGGGAGUCAAAAUGACUCAGUUAGGGAGUUGAAUAGCGUGAAGUAAACAAAGUGAUCUUUCAUCGAUCGACCGUAGUUCUUACGAGAAGGUUUUGUGGGACUUAUAUAUAUUUUGUUUUGGCCAGUGGUAAACAGUCACAACCAUGCAGGCCCCCAACCACUUUCAGGCGGUCAACAUCCUGACCCAGCAACCCAACGUGCCCCCUCCCGCCCGCUCCAGAUACAGGAAGUUCGACAUCUACCGAGACGUGGGUCAGUUUCGAUUCAUAGACGAGCACGCCAUCUCAGUAGCCAGCCAAGACCACAAGACGUUCCGGGAUCUAAUAUGGCACCUGGUGUACAGCCAGAAUUACCAGUCUGAAUUGGACAAAGCCAGGGCAAUCUUCCGAUGGAUGACUUGUAAGAACAUGUACACAAUCAGUUUUGCCAAUGUUCCCAAAGGCUCCCCAGAAGAGGUGCUGGAGUCCUUCAAAAACAAGAAAGGGACCUACGCCAGAAUAUUUGAAACUCUCUGUGGGCAUGCUGGCCUGUUUUGUACCGUGCUGACUGGAUUUGCUAAAGGUUUGGACUACCGACCAGGGGACAAGUUCAAGGGGACGGAAUACAACCACAGCUGGAAUGCAGUGUACAUAGACAACAACUGGUACCUUGUGGACUCACACUGGGCCACACGAUAUCUCAUCUCCGAGAAAAACAUGCCCGAAAAUCUGGCCUCUCAGCGUACCGUGGCGGUGUAUGAAUACGACGACUUCUACUUCAUGACUGACCCCGAGCAGUUGAUUUACAGUCACUGGUCCCAGCGGGAGAAAUGGCAGCUCCUGUCCCGACCCCUCAGUCUGGCAGAAUUCGAGGAUCUCCCUCUGGUCAAGUCCUACUUCUUCAAGUGUGGGAUGUACUUCAUGUCCCACCAAAAGGGAGUGGUACCCACCCAGAAGGGAAAAAUCGCCAUCACGGUCGGGUUUGUCAAACCCACUAAUUUCACCUACAAGAUCGUCUUUGCUGAAAACGGUGAAGAAACCUACAAAGGGCACAAGCUGAAGAGUUACGCCUUGCAGGAGACGUCUUAUAAUGAAGUCACUUUUAUCCUCAGAGCACCAAAGUCGGGGCCCUACUACUUCACCAUCUUUGCCCAACUGCUGACGGGGGAUAUAGGGGUGAAGAAUGUCUUUACCGCUUCCGCGGAGUAUAAAAUCAUUGCAGACACCACCGCCUCUGACGCAGUGCCUCUCCCCAACUGUUCCGACAGUAACUGGGGUCCGGGGAUUCCAGUGGACCAGCUGGGCCUGGAACCGUCCCAGAAGGAUGCCAUUAUCACCACCACAGAUGGCAAAGUCCAGAUGGAAUUCAAGAAAAACAAACCAGCCUACAUUCUCUGUAAACUCCGAAAGGACGGAAUGAGAGACGAGGAUUUGGAGAGGUGUGUGGCGGACCAGGAGAAGGGAGAUAAUAUCGUGGUGACAGCCAAUCUGCCCAUGCCCGGAGAAUACGGUCUGGAAAUUUACGGCAAUGAUCCAGCCAAAGAUGGCGACACCUACACCCACAUUUGUCAGUACUUUGUCCACUUUGCCCCACCACAAGACCAGGCUAAGGCCUUUUAUCAGGAGGCACCUAAGCGCCACCAGGUACCACCUGCGCAGCAAGCUUACAUCACCAAUGGCUACUCUCCAGAUAACACUGGGUUGAACCAGAACAUGGCUAACAUGAACAUGGGGGGACCAGGGUAUGGGGGAGAGAUUGACCUUGAGAACCUCCCUCCCCCUCCCCCCGAGCUCCUACAGCAGCAGUACCUGUACGGGACGGUCCCAGACAGCAGGCAGCAGGGGGUGUACAGCCAGUUCGCCCACCCCCAGGGUCAGGCUUCUCACGGCUUUACCCCAGGGACUGGGAACGUGCCCAUGCCUCCACCCCAGAAGGCAGGGAUAAGCAAUAUCCCACCCAGCAAGCCAAUACAGGUUGAGAAGCGUUCCGUUGGACAGCAGCCUCCGACCGCCCCCUCCACAUUUAAACUGGUUCCCGUAAGGACAGAACAAGAGAAGGCUCCCCCACCGGUGGCGCCCUCUACCACCCCAGCCAGCCAGAAACCCAGCCUGGACCAGAUCGACCGGCAGGUGCUACACACAGUGGACGAUCACGCCAUACAGGUAUCCAAAAGUGAACAUCCCAGUUUCAGGGAAUUGGUCUGGGAUUUGAUCUUUUCCAAAGACAUUACAAAUGAAAUAGAAAAAGUCAGAGUCAUUUUCCGAUGGUUAGCCACAAAGAAUCUAAAGGAGAUCAACUUUGACAAGGUGGAGAAAGGAAGUCCUGAAGAGGUAUUGCUGGGACUCAAAGAGGGCAAAACCACAUAUGCAAUGGUGUUUGAUACAAUGUGCAAUUUCGCAGGAUUGCACUCCAGAAUCAUCAGUGGUUAUGCUAAAGGGGCCGACUACAAACCAGGCAUGAAGUUCACCCCCGGUACGAACCAGCACUCCUGGAACGCGGUGUACAUCUACGGUACCUGGUGUCUGGUGGACGCUCACUGGGCUGCCAGGAGAAUCAUCGGAAAACCCACCUCCCAAGAGGAGUUUCAUUACCAGCUGGACGAAUACUUCUUCCUCCCCGACCCCCACCAGCUUAUUUAUACCCACUUCCCAGACGACCCCCAGUGGCAGCUUUUGGAAAGGCCCAUCACCCUAGAGGAAUUCGAGAACAUGCCCCACAUGAAACCCCAAUUUUUCAAAUAUGGACUAGAGUUUGUGAGUCACCGUACGGCAGUGAUUUAUGGACGUGGGGAAUUGAAUGUCCGAUUGAGGUACCCCGCUCACAAGCUGGCUGUGGCCUUCAACUUCACUGUGCAAUUCGAGAAUGGUGAUGAAGAGUACAAAGGGGCGAAACUGAAUCGGUUUGGUAUGCAGGAGAGCGUUGGGGGCAUUGCUUCCUUCCGCCUCAGGCUACCAGUGAAGGGAUCUUACAUUCUCUACAUCUACGCCAAAGAAGACACACCAGAAAAUAAAGAUAAUGUUUACGCUCAAGUCUGUGAAUACAAAAUUGUCCAAGAAGAGGUUUCAGUACCUGAGCCCCUCCCCUUCCCACCCUGUGCUUACCUUAACUGGGGUCCUGGCACGUCUUUCUACAGGUACGGUCUGGCCACCUACCAGCAAACGGCUCAGAUUCUGACAAGGGAUGGAAAGGCCGAAUUACAGAUCCGAAUUCCCCGGCAGAUGCAGUUCAUGGCAAAAUUAAAACACAAUGAUCGUAGUGAUGCCGACCUUGAAGGCUAUGUGAUUCAUAGAAUUGUUGGAAACACUGUGUAUUUUAACAUCACUGCUCCAAGUCGUGGUGAAUUCGGACUAGAAAUUUACGCCAAUGACCCAGCAACGGAAGGUUCAACUCUGUACCAUGUGGCUCAGUAUCUGGUGGAAUGUAAUGAAGAUGUGAAAACCGUUCCUCUACCCAAGCUGCCUGCAGGUUACUUAGGAGCACAACCUAAAUUCAAUGACUUUGGCCUGAAUACAUUGAGUCAUCAUAUCCCAGUCAUUCACCUUGAAACCAACUCUGUAGAAAUUCAGUUUUCAACUGCCCAGGAAAUGAGAGUAACGGCCAAUCUGAUAGAAGUUGAAAGUGACCGAGAGAUGCCCGAAUUUGUUUUCACCCAGACGAAAGGCUCUGUGGUUAGUUUCCUGGUUAACAUGCCAACUGUAGGGUUCUACAAGUUACAACUCUAUGCCAUCCCCAUUAAUGACCCCAACCAACAACUACCAGGGGUUUACAAUUAUCUAAUCAACUGCCAGAGGAAAACUAAAGAGGUCUAUCCUUUCCCCAAGCAGUACGCUCAGUGGAAGGAAGGAUGCUACAUGUGGGAACCUCUGGUGGUCCACAAAGAUAUCGGAAAACCCGUCGUCAACUUCCACGUUCAGAUUCCACGGGCCGAGGCCGUUGCCGUGGUGACUGACCAGGAGUGGACCCAUCUUCAGUCUCCGCAGUCAGGAAUUUGGCAAGGGGAGGUCAAUCUGGCACCUUACUACGGUAAAGGAAUCAAGUUCACCUUGAAUGCCAACUUUGGCGGCGAUAAAACUAGUUAUGCAACACUGCUUGAAUAUGCGAUUUAGUUAGAUAUGUGUUAAUGAAUUAUAGAAUAUUAAUUUUUUUUUCCUUGUGAUUAUUUAUGUUAAUCAAUUUUUUUUUUGCAAGCAUAAUGAUUAGUACACCUGCUUUAACAAAUGUGUAUGUAAUAUAUUUCUUUCUCAGUUUUUAGAAUAGCUUUUGAAAUCAAUAUGCAUGUACAUGACAUUUAUGUUUGUGUUGAAAUUGAUGCCUUAAGUGCAGUUCAUGGUUAUCAAGUCAAAAAGCUGAUAUGACUGAUUGAAAUCUAGAAAAUAUGAUAUUGUAUUUUUAAACAAAUUUACCAUUAUCAUAUCUGUGAACCAUCACAUUUUACACAUUUAUUGAUGAUAGAUAUUACUGCAUUAUCAUUUUAUUUUGGGGGAUCAAUUCUUGUUUUCAUUUUCUUGUUGUAGAUGUUAAGUUGCAUCGUUUAUUUCAUUUAUUAUUUUUUUGCUAGGCUGAUAUCUAUUUUGUUAAAAAUUUUAUAGCUUGUUAAACAAGUGCUUUAAUGUAUUGUAUACAUGUAGUAUUUUUAUUGUUACUGUACUGAUCAUUGAACCAAGGGACAGAGCAAUGUAGGAAUCUAUUAAAAGUAUGAACUUCACACUGAAAAUAGAAAUCAUUUUAUUUUAGUUUUUUUAAAUUGGAACGCUGUUUAAGAGAGAUGUGUUGUGUUGAUGUUUAGAAUACUUUUAUUUUUUGAGCUUGGUAGAAGUCUACAAAAUCCGUUCCUUUGUCUUAGUGCAAUCACUGUUUUGUAUGUAUAGCCACAAAUUCAGUACAUCUUGUUAAAGACCAUUCUUCAUAUGAUUCUGGAUAUCCCACUAUUUUUACACUAGUCAUUUAGCAAGUUUACCAAUUUUGGCAUAAAAAUAUUUGUGAAAGAUAUUCCCAUUUUUACAUGUGCAUUUAUGUGCUGCAGUUUUGCAAUUUGUUUUCAAUUACUGAUCUUUUGUAAAUUAACAUUUUGAUGAAUAAAAGUGUGCCUCAAUCUAUAGCAUACUGGAACAAUACAUCAAUUCUUUAGAUUUAUAGAAAUUGCUCUUUAAUUAUUAUUAUUAGUACACUGUAGUAUUAAUUUUGUGAUGCCAUUACACUUGAUUUUUUUUUCAAAUUUUUAUCUGUAUACUGUUUAAUUAUGCUGAGACCUGGAUGUGUUCAAAUAAUGCUUCCCAUCUGGAAACAAAGGUGAAUAAGUACUUAAAAUCUCAAAAAUAAGUAAAGAAUUACUUCAUACCUUUCAAAUCAUUAAUAAUUAUUGUAACUUUUUUGAUGUACGUAUACAACUUGAUAGUCAUAUAGUUAUGGCAUUAUAUACACACAAAUUUCCUCAUAUGAAGCAAUAUACAUGUAUUAAACAUGGCUUUUUUUCAUUUCUCUUGAUACAACUGUUGUAAAGUUGUUAGUUGAUAUAAAGUGCUAGGAGAGUUGAAUCUUGAACAAUCUGUGUCUUUUUAUAAAGCUUUAUAGAAUAGUUAAUAAAUCUGAAGCACAAUAAAGCCAAGCUUAUA